UCCUCGUCGUCGUCCUCCGGUGUUGUUUGCGCCUCGCAGCAGGGGAGAAACCGAUGUCCUUCGCCGCCGCGGGCCGCGCGUGCCACGCCACGGAAAUGUUUGUUUUGCCGCCCGGCUCGUCGUCGGCCGUUGAGACCGGCGCGACGAGGGAUUGAGAUCAGCGCGCCGUGCCGUGCGUCGACUUAACCUGUACGCGCCGCGCGCGAGGUUUAACCUGAGGGACCCCCAGCGUGUGCGCAGAUCCGCGUGUGGUGCCGCGAGCCGUGGGGAGGAGCCGAGGGAUCCCCGUUGUCCUGCCGUCCCGAGCUGCUCCCGUUCCGAGUCCCGAGAGGGUUUUCCCCGAGCUUCCCUCUCCGGUGUUAUCGGGAGAUCGGACCUGAGCGACUCCGAGGCUUUCUUCUGUUAUCCACAUCCCGACGAAGAUCCCUGCGAGGACAGGACAUCUCCAGCGAGGCGAGGAGAGAGAGAGAGAGAUGGCCGGCGACAACGAGCUCUGGGUGCAGUGCUUCACGUGCUGCCUGCAGACGCCACGCGCGGCGAGGAGCGGCGCGGGCAGGCGGAACGGCGGCGGCAGACCGCCCCAUCAGAGGCUCAGGAUAGACCGCAGCAUGAUCGGCGUGCCCACCAACUUCAGGCACACCGCGCACAUCAGCAGCGGCGACAUCGACAUGUCGAUCGCCCAGCUGGCCGACCUCCAGGCGCAGAUGCAGCGGAAGAGCGGCUUCGACAGCGACUUCAACGCCAAGGCGUGCUGAGGAUAGGCUUCGCCAACGUCGCAGCAAGGAUAUUUAAUACAACCGAGACAGAGCGAGAGAGCUUCGACGAUGCGACGGAAGGAGACGACUGAUGUAUUCUUUUUGAUAUCCAUGUUCCUUACUCGUCCGACAGGCGAGCGCAUUUUUUUCCUCCAUUACGGACAAGUAUUGCAUUUUGUACGACGUUUUUAUUAAGGGAAAUUUACAUUACACCUGGACAAAUCUCGUGACUUCCAUUGAACGGAGAACUGCCAGAAAUAUUCCAUAGAUAAUCGUUUUACGAAUUUAAACUCUCUGCAUUUCCGAUAGGAGAUUAGACGCGUUGCGUCCGAAGGCGCCCUUGAAUGUUCUACAAAUACGUAUCCUAUAGAUCGUAAUGUGCCUUUUUUCAUCGGCGAUCUGACGUUCCACGCGGAAAAAAAAAAGAGUACGUACACAAAGAACGAGGAAAAAUAGAUCGCUUUAUUUGUAAAAUUACUUUUGUAAGAUUUAGAAGAUAUACAACGUAGACGCGUAAUUAGAGUAUAAGUAAUCGUAUCACAUAAUAUCACAUGAUAAUAUAAUUCUGUACACGCAACACUUAUCCUAUAUUGUGUCGAAUAUUGUUCGCGUAUAUAUAUAUAUAUAUUAAUAAUACAAGAGA